AUGGGAGAGAAAGGAGGAAAUUCUAUGGUAAACAGCAGUCGGCCAUCGCUGGGCCCACAGAUGGAAUUGCUCGAUGUGGAUAUUUUGUCCAAGCACCCUCACCACACUACAACAUACAAGCCAUUGCCAGAUACGGCGGAUAGACAACGUUGCAAAGCUCUCGAUACUACCCUGAACGUGCCUUCGCAUACCAUACCACGAAAAACAAUACCAAAAUCGGCGAGCAUACGAGAACACAAGCCUCAAAACGUUGAUCUCGAGACGCCAGGCACAGAACCUGAAAGUCGAUAUUCCAAAGCUGGUGGAUGCUGGACUUGA